UGUAAAUGACAAAAAAUGUUUGUGUUGCACUUUAUAAAGAUUGUUGUUUUUUUUUCAGAUAAACCAUGGACCCAGAAAAACAGGGUUUGUUGGGUUCAGAGUCAAAAACUGAAUAUAGAAGUAUUGAUCCUAGGAAGCAGGAAACCCCCUCUAGUGUUCUGUGUACAUGGGAAUAAGUGGGGAGUAGCAGAAUGUUGUGAAGAACUAGAUAGCACAGCAGUUCAUUGUCAUCAGGACAGAACUGAUGGUAUAGAUAAGAAAGCAAGGAGAAAAUUAAUAUUAGCCAGCGUUCUAUGUAUAUUCUUCAUUAUAGGCGAGGUUGUAGGAGGCGUACUGGCCAAUUCUUUAGCUAUAGCAACAGAUGCAGCUCAUUUACUGACAGACUUUGCGUCAUUUAUGAUCUCCUUGUUUGCUAUUUAUAUGGCGUCAAAACCCAGAAGUCAGAGAAUGAGUUUUGGUUGGCAUAGAGCUGAAGUUCUUGGGGCAAUUGUAUCCGUUCUCAUGAUUUGGGUUGUAACAGGAAUCCUGGUCUAUCUAGCAGUUUUGAGAAUAAUUAAUGGAGAUUAUGAAAUUGAUGCCACGAUAAUGUUGGCUACUAGUGGAGUGGGCGUAGGAGUAAAUAUUGUUAUGGGAUGCAGUUUACAUCAACAUGGUCAUACUCAUGGAGGAUCUGGUGGUAAUCAUGAACAUAGUCAUGAACAAGAGAAUAUCAAUGUUAAAGCAGCAUUCAUUCACGUUGUCGGAGACUUUAUUCAGUCGUUAGGAGUUUUCAUUGCUGCUCUGGUGAUUUACUUUAAACCUGAGUGGGUUAUUAUUGAUCCUAUCUGUACCUUUAUAUUCGGUAUCCUGGUCCUUCUCACAACCAUCAAGAUACUCAAAGAUACAGUAUCUGUUCUUCUUGAAGCAACCCCACCAGGAGUUGAUUAUGAGGUUGUAAGAAACACCUUCCUCUCUGUUGACGGAAUCAGACAGAUUCAUAAUCUCCGUAUCUGGGGAUUAACUACAAACAAGACUGCGCUAGCUGCUCACCUCGCCAUAGAGAAGGGACAUAAUGCACAGCAUGUUCUCUCAGAUGCUACCAGGAAAAUCAGAGACAGGUAUGAUCUGUAUGAAAUGACUCUUCAAAUAGAAGAAUUCCAACCGGAAAUGAUCAGCUGCGGACAGUGUAAAGAUCCAUCCAAAUAAUCCGCUGUUAACAUUGUGUAGAUCUAUCCAAAUCAUUAGCUGCUUACAUUGUGUAGAUCUAUCCAAAUAAUCAGCUGUUUACAUUGUGUAGAUCUAUCCGAAUAAUCGGCUGUUUAUAUUGUGAAGAUCUAUCCAAAUAAUCAGCUGUUUACAUCAUGUAGAUCUAUUCAAAUAAUCAGCUGUUUACAUUGUGUAGAUCUAUCCGAAUGAUCAGCUGUUUAUAUUGUGUAGAUCUAUCCAAAUAAUCAGCUGUUUACAAUGUGUAGAUCUAUCCAAAUAAUCAGCUGUUUACAUGGUGUAGAUCUAUCCAAGUAAUCAGCUAUUAACAUUGUGUAGAUCUAUCCGAAUAAUCAGCUGUUUAUAUUGUGUAGAUCUGUCCAAGUAAUCAGCUGUUUACAUUGUGUAGAUCUAUCCAAGUAAUCAGCUAUUAAAAUGUAGAUCUAUCCAAAUAAUCAGCUGUUUACAUUGUGUAAAUAUAUCCGAAUUAUCAGCUGUUUAUAUUGUGUAGAUCUAUCCAAAUAAUCAGCUGUUUACAUUGUGUAGAUCUAUCCAAAUAAUCAGCUAUUUACAUUGUGUAGAUCUAUCCGAAUAAUCAGCUGUUUACAUUAUGUAGAUCUAUCCGAAUCAUUAGCUGUUUACAUGGUGUAGAUCUAUCCAAGUAAUCAGCUAUUAAAAUUGUGUAGAUCUAUCCAAAUAAUAAGCUGUUUACAUUGUGUAGAUAUAUCCAUAUUAUCCGCUGUUUAUAUUGUGUAGAUCUAUCCAAAUAAUCAGCUGUUUACAUUGUGUAGAUCUAUCCAAAUAAUCAGCUAUUUACAUUGUGUAGAUCUAUCCGAAUAAUCAGCUGUUUACAUUGUGUAGAUCUAUCCGAAUAAUCAGCUGUUUACAUUGUGUAGAUUUAUCCGAAUAAUCAGCUGGUUAUAUUGUGUAGAUCUAUCCAAAUAAUCAGCUAAUUACAGUGUAAAGAUCAAUCAAAAAAGCAUCUGUUUACAAUGUAAAGAUUUAUCCAAAUGAUCAUCUGUAAAAUGUGUACUUAAUACAUUAUGUACCUAAUUUGUA